ACGACCGCCUGCUCACUCACCACCGUGUGAAGUGCCGCUCCUCCAUUGGCCCUGACGCAGGCACCGCACGACACGACACCCAUCGACUCUACCAUGGCGCCGGGGGAAGCAAACACGGCCACCGCCGGUGCCCCGGCCCGCCGCCGCCGCGUGCUGCUCUUCCCGCUCCCGUACCAGGGCCACAUCAACCCGAUGUUCCAGCUCGCGGGCCUCCUCCACGCGCGCGGCUUCGCCGUCACCGUCUUCCACGCCCGCUUCAACGCGCCCGACCCGUCCCGCCACCCGGCCUACGGCUUCGUCCCCGUCCCCGACGGCUUGCCCGCGGGCACCCCGGAGACGGUGGCGGCCACCAUGGAGCACAUCCUGGCCGUCAACACCUCCUGCGAGGCGCCGUUCCGGGAGCGCCUGGCCGCCCUGCUGGCCGCUCCCGGCGCCAGGGACGAGGUCGCGUGCCUGGUGGCCGACGCGCACCUGCUGGCCCUCGUGCGCGUGGCGCGGCGGCUGGGCGUGCCGACGCUGGUGCUGCGCACCGGCAGCGCCGCCUGCUUCCGCAACUUCCUGGCCAACCCCGUGCUCUGCGAGAAGGGGUACCUCCCGGUGGGGGCGGAGUCGCAGCUCGACGCGCCGGUGAGGGAGCUGCUGCCGUACCGCGUCCGGGACCUGAUGGGCGCCAACAGCAGGAGCCGCCACGAGCACGAGCUCAUGUGCGAGCUGCUGUCCCGGGCGGUCGAGGCGGUGCGGAGCUCCGCAGGGUUCGUCCUCAACACCUUCGACGCGCUGGAGGCGGACGACCUGGCGGCGACCCGGCGCGACCUCGCCGGCGUGCCCGUGUUCGACGUCGGCCCGCUCCACAAGCUCUCCCCGGCAUCGUCCAGCAGCCUUCUUCAGCAGGACCGCUCCUGCCUGCACUGGCUGGACGCGCAGGCACCGGCGUCCGUGCUCUACAUCAGCUUCGGCAGCCUGGCGAGCAUGAGCGGCGAGGACCUGGCCGAGGCGGCGUGGGGCGUGGCCAACAGCGGGCAGCCGUUCCUGUGGGCGCUCCGGCCGGGGCUCGCCCGCGGGGCCGCACUGCCCGACGGGUUCGCGGCGGCGACGGGCGGCCGUGGCCUGGUGGUGGGCUGGGCGCCGCAGGAGGAGGUGCUGGCGCACGGGGCCGUGGGCGGGUUCUGGACGCACGGCGGGUGGAACUCGGCGAUGGAGGGCGCGUGCGGGGGCGUGCCGAUGCUCUGCCGGCCAUGCUUCGGCGACCAGAUGGGCAACGCGAGGCACGUGGAGCACGUGUGGCGCGCGGGCAUCGCGCUGGACGGCGGCGUGCUGGAGCGGGGAGCGGUGGAGGCGGCCGUCCGGCGGCUGAUGCGGGGCGAGGAGGGGGAGGGGAUGAGGGGGCGCGCCCGGGAGCUCCGGAGCAGGGCGGCCGCGGCCGUCGCCGAUGGUGGGUCGUCCCGGCUCUGCGUCGACAAGCUGGUGAACCACAUCCUGUGGCUGUAG